GCUUCGACGGGCUGACCUUCAAUGGAGCGGCACAAGAAGGAGAAGCGUUAUGAGUGCGACGUGUGUGGCAAGCCCUGGCAGACCCCGGGCCUGCUCGAGACCCACCGGCGGGUACACACCGGAGAACGCCCCUUCGACUGCUCGGAGUGCGGCAAGAACUUCAAUUGCUACAACAACCUGAAGAAGCACAGCCUCGUGCACUCCGACGAGAGGCCCUUCACCUGCUCUGACUGCGGCAAAGGCUUCAAGUCGUCCACGCAGCUGAGGUUGCACAGACGCGUGCACACCGGGGAGUGGCCCUACACCUGCUGCGACUGCGGCCAAGGCUUCACCAAGUCCAGCAGCCUGCUGGAGCACCAGUACACCCACACCGGCGAGCGCCCCUACACCUGCGGCGAGUGCGGCAAGGGCUUCACCCGCUCCACCGGGCUGCGAAGGCACCAGCGCACCCACACUGGCGAGCGCCCCUACACCUGCAGCGAGUGCGGCAAGGACUACACCCACUCCGGCACCCUGCUGGAGCAUCAGCGCAUCCACACCGGCGAGCGCCCCUACAUCUGUGCCCAGUGCGGCAAGGGAUUCACCCGCUCCAACACCCUGCUGGAGCAUCAGCGCACCCACACUGGCGAGCGUCCCUACACCUGCGCCCAGUGCGGCAAGGGCUACACCCGAUCCCACAACCUGCUGUCCCAUCAGCGGGUUCAUGCCAGCGACCGUCCCUUCCCCAGCCCGGUGUGUGGAGAGCGCUUUGCCGUGGCCUCCCACGCCCUGUCUCACCAGCGCGUGCACACCAGUGGCCAACCCUACGACUGCCCGUACUGCUGUGAGGCAUUUGACAGCUUGCGGGGGUUGCGGCAGCACCGGCGGACCCACGCCGGCGAGCGGCUUCUCCCACUGCGACAACCGUUUCAAGAGAGCAUGGGGGCUGCGGGAGCACUAGCAGAUACACACUAGAGAGAGACCCUUUGUGUGUGCUGAGUGUGGCAAGGGUUCCGCCCGCAUGUCCAGCCUGUGGCAGCUCCGGCGUACCCACGGCGGUGAACGUCCCUUCCCCUGCCCGUCCUAUGGUAAGGUCUUCACCCGCAUUGACCACCUGCUGGAGCAUCGGCGAGUCCACACCGUCCAGCGCCCCUUCACCUGUACACUCUGUGGCAAGGCCU